UGCAUAGGACAAAAUGGGCUGGUAGGGCGUUAGAUAAUGAGCUGUUGCAAUGAAAAAAAAAAAAGUCUAGAUGCGCGCGCAGGUACCAGAGAGCGAGCUGCCGUGUUGAAGAAGCAGACUGGAUCACCCCGCAGGACUGGACGCGGCAGACAGCAACGCUGUUGUAUUUUCACUGUACAAACCGCUGCAGUCUACUGUUUGGUGUCUGUGUUCUCCGCCCUUCCUUGCCGUUGCCCGCACCUGCACAUAGCAUGGAAGAGGUCUUUUGUGGCAGCGUUGAAGUGUGACAAAUAAGUGCAAAGCAAGUGCAGCUGCCUAGUAAUUGAGAGCUUGUAAGGUUACCUUGAUCCCUGCCCUCCGACCCCCACCUCACCCUCGCGUAACACCAGGUUUAUAAUGAGUGGAGGUGGGGACGGAUUGGAGUCUGCGUCCCUUGUGCGUCACGGCAGCACCGCUGGACGCAGCUACAUGUCUGAAACAGGCGUGCAGCGUGAGGGUGCUUCGGGGCGUGGCGGCAGUGGGUCCGGUGCAGCUGCUGGAGUGGCUGGCGCUGGUCGAGAUAAUGUAGAGGCGAGUGACGAGCUUGAUUAUGUAGAGAGCGACGCCCCGCUCCUCUCACAGUUCCACGAAGAUGCCAUUCAGCAGGCUGGCACAGGGGCCUUCCAGCGGCUGCUUCUGUUGAUCGUGGGUUUGGGUCUGGCUGCUGACACUAUUGAACUCUUUGUGGUGGCGUACGUCAUCCCUUCAGCUGAGGUGGAAUUGUGUAUGUCUGGCACCGAAAAGGGAUGGCUGGCGGCCAUUACUUUCAUUGGAAUGAUGAUAGGAGCCAUGAUCUGGGGCAGCCUGAGUGACAGUGUGGGCAGACGGCGGGCUCUGCUAUCAGCUUUAUUUGUCAAUGCCUUAUUUGGCAUCAUGACAGCUUUCAUGCCUACUUAUGGAAACUUCAUGACCACAAGACUUUGCUCUGGGAUAGGAAUUGGUGGUGGAAUUCCCAUUGUGUUUGCUUACUAUUGUGAAUUCGUAACACAAGCAGAGCGAGGACGCCAGCUCUCCUGGCUAUUGGUGUUCUGGGCAAUAGGAGGAGUAUUCACAGCACUCAUGGCGUGGAUUAUUAUACCCAGAACAGGAAUCACCGUGGUGUUGGAUGAGGAACUUCACUUUAGCUCGUGGCGCAUCUUUCUUGUGGUGUGCUCAUUACCUUCUUUUGCUGCAGUCAUUGGCCUCUACCACAUGCCUGAAUCUCCCCGAUUCUUACUGGAGAAAGGUCGAGAAGUUGAAGCCAUGAUGGUAUACAAGAAAAUUUUCAAGUGGAAUAAUGCACAUAACCCAGGAGCAGAAUACCAGAUAACUGAGUUAGAGCUUCCUUCUGGAACACAGCGGCCUCUGAGACGCAGCAAUUCACCCCAGGGAACUGCCAAGAACUUUGGUGCUGACAUUACACAUGGUCUGGAAAAUUCAAUGGGGCUUUUUCUCCAGUUGUUCAUGCCACCAUACUUCAAGACCACAAUCCUGCUCCUCUUUGUGUGGCUUGCUUCAUCUUUUGGGUUCUACGGUCUUUCAGUAUGGUUUCCUGAAUAUAUCAAACUUGUAACAAGUGAAGAAUACAAUAGAAAUGCUACAGUCAUCAAAAAUACCAGAUAUGAAGACCAUCUCAUUAACAACACGCGUCUAGAUAACAUUCACUACUUCAACGUUGAUUUUGAGAAUGUCACAUUCAAGAAAACUGUCCUCAACCAUGUGUUGUUCCUUAAUUGUACAUUAUACAACUGCAUUUUCUCAGACAUCAGGAGCAGCAAAACUUUUUUCAAGUAUUCUAUCCUACAUCAAAUCAAUUUCACUGACACGGACAUGCAUUCCUACCGUUUCCCUGACUGUGAGAUGGACAACAUUACAUUUCAUGGCCUUGCUCCUGGCUGUCAGUUGGAUUUUGAUUACAACAUUCAUUACAAGGAAAUUUUUCAAGAAAACCUAAUUGGCCAGUUGACGAUGAUCCCAGGCACUCUUGCAGCAUCUCUCUUCAUGGAUAAGCUUGGUCGAGUAAAAGUUAUGAGUAUCUCCAUGACUUUAUCAUCAAUAUCUGCAUUUUUCAUCUGGUUUCUCAAGAGCAAAACAGGAGUUAUUGUAUUUGAGGCUGUGUUCAACUUUAUUUUCAUAUCUGGUUGGAAUGGAUUAGAUAUUGCCACAACUGAAGCUUUCCCGACGCACAUAAGAACAACUGCCUAUGGAUUCCUAAGUGCUGCAUCACGCAUUGCUGGAGUUUUAGGAUCACUUUGGUUUGGCCAAUUUAUCUACUCAAGUCAAGCAAUUCCUAUGCUCACUACCAGUGUUGUUCUCCUAAUAGGGGCAUUAUUCUCUCUUAAACUUAAGGAGACAAAAGACAAUCUUGUUUAAAUAAAAGAUGAAGUUGUCAGGUUUGGAUGGAAAAAAUAGUACUACACAAUAGUGGAAUGUCAAAAUGAUUGGCAAUUUGAUAAGUAUUGUUAGAAAUUAUGGAAAGGUAUAUUUAUAUAAUAUAUUUACAUUUGAAAAGUCAGUAUUUGUAUGAGUAAAUACUUGGCAGGUUUCCAACAGAAAGAUCAUUUACAUUCAUCAGUCUCUUUUAUGCUUUCAUGAGGGCUGGGCAGUGUCAUGGGCUAAUUCACAAGGUAGGUGCACUGUUUAUUUGAGCACCAUAAAAUUUGUCAGCUGCUGCUUCAAACCAUGAUCAGAAAUUAUAUACAAGUGAGAUCCACAUUGAAAAUAGAUAAAUGAAUAUGAAUAAUAAGUAGUGAAAGUUUGUGAGGAGGAAACAGGACAUGUUUUCAUGAAAAUUUAAAUUUAUUUCAGUGAAGACAUAUAAAGUAGUUAGUAUUUCAGUGAAAAAAUAUGAAAAGAGUUGGUGUUUCAGUUCUCCAAACUAUGUAUGUAAGAGUUAUAUGUCAGGUGUUACUAUAAAUGUGGCAUGACUUCUGUGACCAUGGUUUAUUAUGAAUAGUGUGAUAAUGAAAGUUUUAUACCUUCAUCAUUGGUUAACAUAUUCUUUUUAUGAACAAUAGGAUCCCUCCAUUACCACGCUUCUUCCCUCUCAAAAAUAGAUAAAAAAAAUAAAUAAAUAAUAAAAAGAUUAAAAGCCUGAAAUAAGGCCAGCUGACCAGUUCAUGCAGCCUACAUAAAUUUAGUUUCUAGGAAACUACUGAAGUGACCCAGAAGGCAUCAAGAUGAACAAAAGGCCUUAUUUUUUAUUUUAUUUAUUUAUUUAUUUAUUUAUUUUUUUUUUUAUAGUAACAGCACAUUAUUCACCUCACCUUUAAUCAGUGUGGAUUUUUAAUGUCUUGCUUUGGAAUUAUUCCGAAGUCAUGAAAGGAAGUGGUUGGGACAAUCAUUAUACACGUUGCCAAACAAUCUGUAAUGACCACCCCUAGUCAUUCUUGACUAUCUCCACCACAGUUUUUUUCUUUUAUAGGUAAACUUUUAGUGUUUUGAGAUACUGCAUACAUCCCUACAAGGAUUUUCUUAAGACCAAUUGGGCAUAGCCACACAAAAUAGAGAUUGUAAAUUUGUCUUUAAAUGAAUACCAAAUUCACCAGAAACCUGUUUCUUUUUUUCUAUAGCAUUCACUUCUUUGUUAAUGAAAAGAGCAGGUAAAUGUAAAUUGUAGCUUUUUGAGCGAAGUGCAGAUGGCUGACUAUUUUCUCUUGAAACUGUUUUGGUAAUGUUGCUGUUUCUUUUUCUCAGUGCCUCAUAUUUAAUAUAUUUUCUUCCUUCUAACUUUGUAUUCUUUAUGAGAGAUUUUCAUUGCUGCUCAUCAGUGUAAUGCCUUGUUUCGAAAUACUGAGGGACUGAUCUCAAAGAUGAUGCCAUGAGAGGGAGUGGAGUGGUAGGGAAGGAUGCCCAUAGCAUCCCAUUGUACUUUGCCUUAUCUAGUCAAACUACUCCCACAGUCAGUUCUUCCAUAUUAAUUUCAUACACUUUAUCAUAACAUUCAUUCAUCAUAGCUCAUUUUCCAUUCAGAUUAUUGACAUCUCUGUUGUCGUUAUCAGUGACUAUUGUGUUUUGCUCGCUGUCUAUAUUUCUGUCACAUAUCAGUACAAGUAAUAAAGUUUUGUCAGCAAGAUGAUUCUGAACUUUGCUAAAAUUUACAUGCCUUUCAACAAACUAUAUAUUGAGGAUUUCAGGCCUAUUUUUUCUUUAUUAUUAAGUUUGUUAGAAACUGGUCCCUAACAUAUGAAGUAAUUAUAUUUAAAUGUGCCUUGCUAUUUUUCUUUUUUUUUUUCUUUCUUUUUUUUUCCAUAACCUUAAAGAAAAAAAAACAUAUCAUGCUUCCUUUUGUUACCAUAAUCUACACUAAACCUGUACUUCUUUAUAAUAUAAUUAUUUAGACAGGUUCCUCGAUUUCCUUGAUUCACGACUUCUUGGAAAAAACAUAUAUCCACCACCAAACUUCCUGCUUUUAAAACCUCUUUAACUUCUCCAGACCUCAUCCUAUACUUCACGGGAUGUUGAUCAACAGAGUCUCCUUCAUCUACAUGAUGCCCUGGUUCCUUAUUAUUGUCACACCUAUUUUUCUGCCUCACCAUUUCAUUGUGGUAAGCUUGAUUCAAUUUACCAUUUUGGUCUAUACCUGGCUCUUGGUGCCUUUCAGUCUUUCCCUGCUAAGUCUUCAUAAAGAAUCUGCUUGCUUUCAAUUUCUCAUAAUCAUUAUCUUCUUUCCUUAUGAUUCUUCCACAACCUUGUCCCAUUUGAAUUCCCACCUGCAGUUGCACCAGUGUAAAAGGAAGUUAUGGUGAAAGAAUUAUUUCCUACAACAGCUCUUUCCAUCAAUUGAGCCAUUAGCCUUUCUAGGUUCAUUUAGUGUCUUCGUAUCCCAGAGUAUUGCAAGGAAAGCAUUUAAGCUUCUCUUUACAAAACAGUAGAUCUGUUAGAAUGUUUUAAGCUUAAAAUACAGGUAGGUUUCCAAAGCUCAUAAGAAAAAGGAGAAAAACCUGUCUAAUAAUGAGAUACAACCAAUUGUUACUAAUUUUCUUUAAAGAACACUGAAAUGGAAAUUUCAUUAUGCAAAGUAUGUUUAUGCUUUGUCAGUGAAUCACUAAUAUGAGAUACGAUAAAAAGUUUUGAGACCAUUUCCAUUGCAAACAAAUGAAGCAUGCACAUGUAGUAUUCCCAGGCAAAUCUUCCCUUGAGAUAGUAAGAAAUUGAUCUACAAAAAUAGAAUAAAAAUAGAUCAAUGCAUGAAUUGUGUGGUAAUCAUACAAUGUUGAUAUGGGAUUUAUCAAAGCAUAAAAUGUGAGUGUGAUAAAGAAGGGGAUAGAUCCCUUAUUAUUUCAGAUGACAGUUCCCUUUUAUUCACCUGAGUCCACACAAUCAGAGACAGACAGGAUAUGCUCUCAAAAAGGAGUUCAUUCCAGAUCACAUAUACUGUAGCUUUAAUUGUGAUUUGUGAAAGUGCCCAGUCUCGACUGGUCAGGUGUUUCAUAGGUGGACCAUAAAUUACAAGUGAUGGACUGUUUUUAAUAUUUGUCUUCCCCCAAGUGUUGUACCCUGAGAAUGUGAUCAUGUUUAAAAUUUUUUUUUCAUUUCAGUUCAGUGUAGAUUAGGUAUCAUUAUAAUCGUCAUCUGCAAACACUUAUGUGGUGUUACAUAGAUCUAUACAAUAUUCUGCAGCUCCAAAUUUGGCUUCUUGUUGUAAAAUAUUUGCUUAGCAAUACAUUCUAUAUGUAAAUGUAUGAAUGACUGAAUUUCCUUCAUGGUGGAGGUUAAUGGUACAUUAGGAAUUGAUUUUAUCAUAUAACAGAAGACGAUGUGGUGACCUCUAUCAUGUUUAUAUUGGGGUAAACUUAAUGCUGAUACUUUUCUGACAUGAUUAACUGAUUUGUGAGAGUACUAUGAUGUUUUUUUUUGCUGAAACUCCUGAAACUGUAAAUACUGCAUCAUGCCAGGGCCAAAACUGGUUUUAUUGCAGUAUUUUGACAGGGCCAAAAUUUGUUUUUAAAAAGUUCUACAUAUAUUGUAGUGAUUUCAUAUAGAUUUCUAUAUCAAAAAUAAUUUUGGUACACAUAAUUUACACAAUAGAAAAAAUCAUACUCCUCUUGUUGGCACAGUUUACACAUAAAAUUCACCAAAAAGCUGUGUUCAUCUGCUGUGUUCAUCAUGAGGGAGAAAAAUUGUGUUAUAUGAGACAUUCAUUAGUAAUCAUUCAACAUUUCUUUUCACACUAUCAUUUGUUGCUGUGCACUCAACUGAAUAUUUCUGAAGUAAAAGAUAUCUUUAGUGGAUGACUACUCCCUUUUUUAUAUUGUCAUCAUAUAUUGUGUUUGUAUUUAAUGAUAUUAUACUAUUAAGAUAUGUUAGUGCCAGAUUAAUUUUUUAUUUUUUAUUUUUAAUAAAUUUCUUAGAUAAUAAAAUUGACUCAACAUGA